UGUGGUACGGCCUGGGUAUGGUGGAGCGGGCACGGGACUGGUACCACCAGGAGAUCCAUGGCAUCCAGCAGCGACUGAGGCACAGCGGCGAGGCUCCCAGAGAGCAAGCCUCCACGUCUCUUGUGAACCGUCCAUCCCUCCUUCAGGACAAGAUCCAGCGCAUCAACUGGUGCCUGAGUGACUUCAUCUCCAGUGCAGACAGGAUGUUUCUGCCUCACUGCCAGAUGGAACAGCCUGACCCAGAACAUCUGCCCAGAGCAAAAGGCAGGAGGUCCCAGCAAGAGAAUCUGGAAGCACUGAAACGGCAGAACUAUUGGCUGACUAAGGAAGUGUCGAAGAAAAGCCAAUGGAUCACCCAGCUGGAGCAGGAGAAGGCAGUGCUCAUUAAGCAGCUACUGGAAGCUCAGCUUGAAGGUUACACCCAGCCUGGGUGCGACAGCUCCACCUUCGUCUAGGCUCACCGAAGCUUCAGUCAAUAACAACACCUCACUACCCGGGAGCCAGGAGGGCCCUGGAUCUUCCCUGUUCUCCAGGCUCAACACGGAGCUGCACUAUCAAUUGCUGAAGAAUCAUAGGACAGUUACAACGCAGGAGGACAUUGGUGGUGGAGAUUAAGGUUAGAGGCCAUGUGAUCGAGGUGGGAGUCUGGACAGAGUGGAUUAGGAGAAACUGCUCGAGAACCAGCGGGCACAGAGUUCAGGGAGAAAGAGGGAGAAAUGCGGCCAGUGGCUGGGAUCUGGAUAAGGCUGUGCGAAGGAGAUAAUUCGGAUCCUGCCCUUGGCAGACAAU